AUCCAUCCAGCACUGGUUGAAUUUGCAGAGUUAGUUAGAAUCUGAGAAUCUAAGUAUCUUCAACCAAAGCUAUUACCAUAUGCUACUACCCCACAAUCAUAGCCUUCUCAAAUAAUCAAUGAAAUUCUAUUAUUCCUUUUUCUUACUUCACAAAUCAAAACAACUUUUCCUACCACUUCGCAGAAGUUGAUCAUAGUCAUGGCCCAUAUGUGGUACCUUACCUACCUCAUGUGGUAACAAACAAACAACAAACUAACCAAACAACCUUUGUCCUUACAAAUCCUAAUAUAUAGGACUUUCUGUUUUAUCUGUUUUUCAGGUUUCACAUGUCACCAUGUUAAUGUUUCAUUUGAUAUAUGGUAUUGGCAUAUGGUUACUUUUGUUUGUAAGCUUAUUCAUAGUUGAUAUUUCUGCUUCAUGCUGUCCAUAUCAGUUUUUUCGACAAAGUAAUCGACGAUUCGAGCAGAAAACCGAUCGGUUUUGGAAGUUCAGUGAACAAGAGGAUAGAUGGAUUGAAGUGAAACUACCAUGUGAUUUGGUGCCUUGUGUUAAUAGUGAAAGUAGUAGUGAAGUGAAUUUAAGGGAAGAAAGUUUAGAGCAAGGACAUGAAUUGGAUGAGAAAAAUAUGAGUUUGGAUUUGGUUUUGUCUUUGAGAAAGCGAAUUUAUUUGACAAAAAUGUCUGAGAAUUCAGUUUGGAUCAUUGGUGAAAGUGGAUGUAUCUAUGAAAGGUUUUGGAAUGGAUUAGAAUGGGUGAUUGCCCCUCAUGACUUGCCUUUAUCAGAAGGACAUGCAGUUUCUGUUUUUCUCAUUAGUCAGAAAAUUCUUGCUCUAUCUGAAUCAGGAAAUCUUUAUCAGGUUGGCAGAAUCAACUUGUGUCAUUGUGAUUUUGACAAAAAAAUCACUUUUGAACUUCAACAAAAUCAGAGUGUCACGAUGCAUUUGCAACUUGGUGAAACAACUUCACAACCAGUUUGGGUUAAAUUCACACCUACACUCAAUCAAAUCACAGAUACUGAUUCAGAGAAAAAUCCCCUGAUACUAAUAAAAUCUGGUGUGGUGUCACAUGAUGGACAGAGAGGUUAUUUCUGUACAAAGAAAGGAGGACUAGUAGAAAUUGCAGUGGUUGAACCUCCAAGAUGGAUAAAUCAUGGCCAACCAAGUGGAGCCAAUGUCGCAGCGAUAGCUGAUAUUGCUUCUACGCGAGAAGUAGUAUACACUAUAAGUUCUGCUGGAGAUCUUUAUGAAUAUAAUAGUAAAUCAAAACCAUCAUGGAAGAGGCACAUAUGGCAAGAAAAUAAGACACAAGUUUCAUCUUUGAUACCUUCUAAGGGGUGCAUUUUACAUGGAUUAUUAAGUGGUGAUCAUUCUGAAUCUUUGUUUCUUUUAACCAAGGAAGGCACUUUAGUGGAGAGAAGAUUACAUCAAAGGAAGUGGAAAUGGAUAGACCAUGGAAGUCCACCACAUCAAAAUUUGACAUCUAUAACACCAUCUUUGAGAGAUGAAUCUAGUGAAACUUCAAUUUCUUUACUCUUCACUACUUCAACUGGAUCUGUCUUUGAAUAUCAAAUUCCAAAACAAUUAGGCACAGCUCCAAAUAAUCAAUUUCCAGGAUCAUGGGGAAAUCAUCAGCACCCUUUACAUGCAAAAGUAGCAAGAGGUAAACCUGGCUUACCAUUACAAUUUGGAAGGACACUCUUUGCACUAGACGAUGGUAGACUCGCAGAAUUACAUCUAGCAGGACUAGGCGGUGAAAGUGCAGGACCAUCUCUGCCACAGAACUUUAGAAGAAAAGCAUCAACUAAAUAUGUUUGGACUAUAUUAGAUUCCCCACAGAGUGAAGGAUGGAAUGCAGAAUAUUGCACAGAAGAGCGCGGACCGAGGAAUUGCAUGACAGGUAUAAAAGAUGAGUCAAAGGAUUCAGGAAUAACAAGUUCAGUAACAGGUAGGAGAAAACAAAGCCAAGAACAGCAUUAUUACUUAUCACUAGGAAAAUGUAAUGAACUGAUUAGUUCUUCAGAAGAAUACAAUCUUCCUGAUGAUGAUUGGAUUAGUAGUAACUUUCGACUUCGAUUGAUGUAUGAAGGCAGGUCAUUUUUCUUGGUGACUGUUGAUGGUUUGAUUUUUGAACAUGUUUGUAUUGAUAGUGUAUGGAUAUGGCUGAAGCAUGAUAGCUCUAAUGCUAUGACUGGUAUAGUGGGAAACUAUAACGGAAGUUUAUUCAUGGUUGAUACAUUUGGGAAUGUGAUUCUUAGAGAAUGGAAUGGAAAUGAGAUAGCAUGGAAGAAUUGUAGUGAUAUGAGGAAAGGAAGAAAUGUUGUUGGAGGCCAACCAUGGGAUAGAUUACAAGGUAUAACAAGGAGGGUUACCACUGAAGAUUCAAUCUUCUUUGUGAGCCAAAAUGGAAGAUUAUUGCAGUUCAUGGUUUACAUGAGGAAAUUUAAAUGGAAGGAUUGCAAAAAUCCUCUAAAUGUCAAAAUUGCAAGCAUAGUUGAUCAGGAAUUAUUCAGGGAGAAUAUAGUCUUUGUCAUUGGAAGAAACGGACACCUGUACCAAUACAACAAAGUGAAUGAUUUGUGGCAUGAGCAUUACAAAUCUCAGCAUUUGAUUCUAUCAAAUUUUCCUGGAACAGUUAUAAGGCCAAUGUCAAAAUCACUAUCAGGCUCACUCUUCAUGUUUUCAAAAGAUGGCGGCCUUGUUGAGUAUAAUUGGAAUACAUGGCAUGAAUGGAACUGGAUAGAACAUGGAACACCUUAUAAAGGUGUAACACUUGUUGGUUCACCUGGUCCUAGUUUUAAAGGAAAUCAACUACUUUUGAUUGGUUCAGAUGGAAAAGUAUACCUUAGGUACAUGGAUAAAAAUGCAUGGAAGUGGAAGGAUUGUGGUUAUCCCUCUUUGAAAGAUAAAACUAUUGAAGCAGAUAGAGAAGGAGAAAUCAAUGAGGAGAACCUUGGAGAAUUAAUGUUUAGGUGUGAUCCUAAAGUGACAUCUACAAGACCAAUUCAAUUUUCUGAUGAUUCGGCCAUAUUUGAGCUUAGAGAUGGCAGGUUGGCAGAAAUACAAGUUGUGGAGGAAACAGAAUGGGUUUGGUCAAGGAUCAUUGGCACACCAAAUAGUUUAUGCUUACAAAAUUAUUGGAUUACAGUGGCAUCAUCAUCCUAAAAUUGUUCACAAUCUCUCAUAAGAAAAUGAUCAGCCAGAAAAACUUGAUGACUUUGAUGUACAAUAUAGACAUUAUAGUGACCUUAUUAUGCUAACAAAGAAGAAAAGUUAUAGUUAGGUACUACAAGAUGGACUAGUAGUGUUCAGGUAAAACUUUUGAGGAGCUGAACCAUCUCUUCACUUGUAAAUAGAUGUAAAAAUUGUACAAAUAGGCUCAGACUAUAGGUUACAUCAUCAAAGUAUGAAUAAGGUUUAGAUAGAUGUUUGAAAUGGAGAACACCAUUAUUAUA